ACCCGCGGCCAAGCGAGAUCAGCAAAGGAGCUUGCCUGGCUACACGCCGACGUCCCAACCUACGUACCUAAUCUCUCUACCUGCCCCCCUCCCCCCCCCCCACGCGAUCUGGGAUGUCGAGCCGAUCCUCCGCGCUGCCGGCGUCGUCCGCGCGUAACGCCGCGAAGCGCCUGUUCCAUGAGCUCAAAAUCUGGGAGAAGGAGCGCGAGACCGAGACCGGCAUCGAGCGGCUCGGGCCCGUCAGCGAGGGCGAGCUGCUGCACUGGGAGGCCGUCAUCAACGGACGGGGCGUGGGCUUCGGCUACGACGAGGGCCGGUGGCUCCUGGACAUCGCGAUCCCGGUGACGUACCCGCUGCAGCCGCCACGGAUCGCGUUCCGGACGCCGGUGGUGCACGCGAACGUGGCGCUGCGCGGCGGCGAGAUCUGCCUCGACCUGCUCAAGGACGCGUGGACGCCGGCCUACAGCGUGCUCGAGUGCGUCCGCGCCGUGCGCAUGCUGCUCGCCUGCCCCGAGACCGACAGCCCCCUCAACGUCGACGUCGCCGCCCUCCUCCGCGGCGGCGACGCCCUCGGCGCCCGCCGCCUCGUCGAGUUCUGGGUCCGCGACGAGGGCGGCCGCUACGAGGGUAGGUAGCAGGGGAGACAGACACGCACAGAGAGAGGGGG